CUUCUCUUUCUCUCUCUCUAUCUCUCUCUCUCUCUCCUUCCCCUCUCUCUCUCUCUCUCCCUUUCCACCACACGCACCGCACACUCGCUCUCUUCACCGGCCGAAGAGUGAGGGCGUGCGGGCCGAGUGUAUGCAUGCUGGCAAUACAGUAUCGACCUCGCUCACAUUUUCCAGACUAACUGGGUGUACGGAGGUGGUUGUGGAGGCCUGAGAGGCCACUCCGCCGGCGCCGGACGGAGGGACACCACCCACCAACAUGCCCUUUAUCGACGACGAUCUCCUCUGGUGCCCCGACAAUGAUGGCAAAAUGGUCGACCUCUCUUGUUUGGACCCGGGAGGAGGAAGUACAACAGGCAACAGCGCCACUCCAGGAGGAAACAUGAACGACCAGAUGACGCCCAUGGGGAUGGGGGUCAUCGGAGGCCUGGCGUCGUCCAACCCUGCGUCAGCACCCGAGUGUGGUGACCUGGCUGAGCUCUCGCAGGCUGAUCUCAAGGGCCUGGUCGGCGAGAUCACAGAAGAAGAUGAGAUCUUCACAAGCAUAUCGGACCCAAAUUUUGAGCUCGAUAAUAUAUUUGCAGAGGUUGACGAGUCAUUUUUGUCUGGUAACCCCAUGGGAGGCGAGAGGAUGAGAUGCCGGGAAGUUCGGUUCGGUAGAGAUGACUUCAUCCCCGCCACCCCCACAGACUCCGCCAAGACUCCCUCUGAUCUUCACCUCAUACAAAUAAAGCAGGAACUGGAGACUAUGGGAAGUAGUGAUGAGGAGCCAAUGUCCACGAGUGCCAUGGAGACUGUGUCUAGCACCAGCACCCUCACCACGCUCCUACGGUCGUCUCCUCACUCUAAUCUCAACCACAACCACAACCAUCUCAUCACUCAGCUCAUGAACAGUGCCCCCAUCUCUUCCAUCAGUAACAAUCUACAACACAACAAUGGCAGCCAAACAUUUGCCAGCUUGCUCAAUGACUCCGAGGCCAAUGGUGGCGGAUGUUCCAGUACGCCGCUUCUUCAGAAUGCCUUGCAAAAUAAUAUAUCAAAUGGAUUAAUAGACAGUCGACACAUAAAGAGAGAAAACUCUGUCGCGGCUGCAAAUCCAUUGUUAGCUGAAGUGUGGCCGAUCUCUCAUUGGGCUUUUUGGGAGGACUUGGGACUAUUAUCAUCAUCAUAUGAUCGGUCAAUGGCAAGUCCCGUGUCAACUCCGUCUUCAACGCCUACACUCCCGGGCCUGCUAGGUCAUGUGAAAAUCAAGAAGGAAGUUCUAGAUCACCCUCAUGACUCCUGUAAAG